GCGGGGGGGGACAACAGCGGGGACACCGGGAUGUGGCCGCCUUCCUCCCCUGCGCGACCGAGACGGGAGCGAUGGCGGCGGGAGGUACCGGGAGGAGCGGGGAGGACGAGGGGGUUCCUCUCUCCGCGCGUGGGGCCGCCCCUCCACAUGAGCCCCCCGAGAACUUUCCCCGUGGCCGCUCGCAAACUUUCUCCUCCGGGAAAGUUGCGGGGAGGGCGCGGAGGGUCCUGACCUGUUGCGGGAGGGGCCAUGACGGUGUAGGCCAGUGGCGAGAGAUGGAUCGGUUCAGCGAGUGCGGGACACAGACGGAUGCGGUGGUGGUGCUGUCCCUGGCACAGGCUGCAGUCCUGGGCCUGGUGUCCGAUAAUGAACUGCUCGGGGCCACCAUCACCCCUGCCGGCUUCUUCCCGGGGCUGGCGGGGGAGCUGCCGGACAACGCCACAGCAGAGCCUGGGGAGCACGAGGGCGAGGAGCAGGCGCCCGGGGAGGGGCAGGAUGAGGACACCCUGGAAGCAGAGUUCUCCUUGGAGAAGCACGCCCGGAGGAGGAAGCGGCCGCCUGUGAGGCUGGUGCCCAAGGUCAAGAGCGAGAGGGCAGAGGUGGAGGCAGAAGCGUCGUACGACACAUCCGUCCCUGGGGACGAGGAGGGCGACGGGCAACGUGGCCACCUGCCCCAGCCCCCGGAGCCCGGCCAGGAACCAGCAGUGCAGAGCGGUGCCAUGAAGAUGAUCGACCUGGGCACCUUCAGCAGGAAGCCCCGGCGCCUGCGGCACCUGCGCCGGCACCGGGAGCUGGAGGGCACCGAGCGCCGCCGCGGCGGGGGGGGUGACCCAGAGGGCGGCCCCGCGGGGGCCCUGCCGACCACAGGCACGUUCGAGGUGGGCGCCCCAUCCCCUGGUCAGGUGGAGGCCCCCGCACCAGGGGACCCCGAGCAGGGGAAGAGCGAGCAGGGCUGUGGCUGGCAGGAGCCAGGGGAGCUGGAGGCAGAGGUGGCCGGUGGCACCAGCGAGCACAGCAGGAAGGCGCAGCUGGACCGGCUGGACAUCAACGUGCAGAUCGACGACUCCUACCUGGUGGAGGCCGGGGACCGCCAGAAGCGCUGGCAGUGCCGCAUGUGCGAGAAGUCCUACACCUCCAAGUACAACCUCGUGACCCACAUCCUGGGCCACAACGGCAUCAAGCCGCACUCCUGCCCGCACUGCAACAAGCUGUUCAAGCAGCCCAGCCACCUGCAGACCCACCUGCUGACCCACCAGGGCACGCGGCCCCACAAGUGCGGGGUGUGCAGCAAAGCUUUCACCCAGACCAGCCACCUGAAGCGGCACAUGCUGCUGCACACCGACAUCAAGCCCUACAGCUGCCGCUUCUGCGGCCGUGGCUUUGCCUACCCCAGCGAGCUGAAGGCGCACGAGGUGAAGCACGAGAGCGGGCGCUGCCACGUGUGCGUGGAAUGCGGGCUGGACUUCUCCACGCUCACCCAGCUGAAGCGGCACCUGGCUACGCACCAGGGCCCCACGCUCUACCAGUGCCUGGAGUGCAGCAAAUCCUUCCACUACCGCAGCCAGCUGCAGAACCACAUGCUGAAGCACCAGAACGUCCGGCCCUUCGUCUGCACAGAGUGUGGGAUGGAGUUCAGCCAGAUCCACCACCUCAAGCAGCACUCGCUCACGCACAAGGGUGUGAAGGAGUUCAAGUGCGAGGUGUGCGGGCGGGAGUUCACGCUCCAGGCCAACAUGAAGCGGCACAUGCUGAUCCACACCAGCGUCCGCCCCUACCAGUGCCACAUCUGCUUCAAGACCUUUGUGCAGAAGCAGACGCUCAAGACCCACAUGAUCGUGCACUCGCCUGUGAAGCCGUUCAAGUGCAAGGUCUGUGGGAAAUCCUUCAACCGCAUGUACAACCUGCUGGGGCACAUGCACCUGCAUGCUGGCAGCAAGCCCUUCAAGUGUCCCUACUGCUCCAGCAAGUUCAACCUGAAGGGCAACCUCAGCCGGCACAUGAAGGUCAAGCAUGGGGUGAUGGACAUCAGCCUGGACAGCCAAGAUGCCAUGAUGGAGCUGGCCGGGCCUGACCACGCCGAGCUGGACGGGCAGCAGGAGAUGGACGACUUUGAGGAGGAGAACUCUUACAGCUACGGGGCAGUGGGCAACCCCCCGGACGAGCAUGCACUGGCCGAGCAGGCCAUGAAGGAGAUGGCGUACUACAACAUGUUGUAGCUGGGGCUGGCGGGGCUGUGGGGGCUUGGCAGGGUGAGAGGGGCUGUGGCAUCCAGCCAGACCCCCUAGAACUGGAGGUGGGGCUCCUGCUGGGGUUGGAGAACACAGGGAUGUCCAGAAGCCUUUGCCAGACCUGCUGUGGCUCUGCUGCUGCCCCCCUGCCCGUGCCCUGUGCCCAGUGACUUGAAGCUGCAGGCAGGGGAGGCACAACCCAGAAAACCACUGAAUGGGAAGGGGCCACAGUGGGGCAAGAUGAUGAGCAUCACUAACCAUUCUACCUCCUGGGUCCCCCCUUGGGUGUGCUGGAGCUCCCCCCGGGCUCCCCAGAGGGCAGAAGCCCCUGUCUGCGGGAGGAGCUGGGUUUGCCCUCCUGCUCGCCCUGGGGCUCCCCAUGCCAGGCUCUGGGGAACAGAACAGAAUAUUUUCAUAGAAGCUCAGGGCGCAGUUGGUGCCCACAGCUCGGGGUCCAAAGCUGCAGCCAACGGCAUAUCUAGGGGAGGCAAACCCAGCCCAGCCCCAGCAAAUGAUGGUAUUUUGAAAGUAAUUUAUUUUUUUCAGAUGUGCCGCGUGGUUGGAUUUAUCUUUUCUCUGAGUUCAGUUCCCUUCAACCAAUGUGCUUUGUAAACCCG